AUGGCCAAGGCAGAGGAGCCUGCAGGGCCUGCUGGGCCUGCACCGUGGUGCUGUAGCAGGCGGCAGAUAGAGGCUAAAUCUUUCAGUGAGACCGUCCCUCGACCAUCUUUCUCGGCACAGACCCGGAUUCUCCGAGAUCAGCGAGAACUGUGGAAACUGGCAGAAUGGCCAGUUAGACCCAGCACCCCAUCAUGGGGCAAGAACAAGUCCCACAGCUCAGCCGCUGCUCGGCACCCAGCUUCCGUCUCCGAGCGGCUUGAGCUAGACUGUGCAGGUCGGCCGACUAAGCCGGAGGAGCUCGGGGUGGGCGGCUGCAGGCCCAGAGCCCUGGGCUCAUCCUCGUUAUCCGCCCGCUUCUUCUGCAGCUCCCACUCUUGCUGGGGUCUAAAGCCCGCUCUGAGGAUUGCCCAGGGCGGGACCAGGACAGAGAAUCGAGUAUCUCCAGUCUCCUGGCAGACCGCUGCGGUUAAGGCUCGGGUGCCGCCCCCUUUCCCUCCCGGCUGGCGGGAGUAUGAAUACCCUCGCUCCAGCUCCCGACUGGAGUCCUCCGCUUCCGCCGGGUCACUGUCGUCGCCGCUACUCUUUUUCUUUCCCCUAAGAGCUCGGAAGGCCGCUCCCUUCUCCAGCGCUGCACAUCCGCUCGCCCUCGAACGCGACGGCCUCCUGGAGCGCAGAGAGGCGCUGGAACAGAGGUUGGAGGGCCGCUGGCAGGACCGGCUGCAGGCCACUGAAAAGUUCCAGCUGGCUGUGGAUGCCCUGGAGCAGGAGAAGCAGGGCCUACAGAGCCAGAUCGCUCAGAUCCUGGAAGGGGGACAGCAACUGGCACACCUCAAGAUGUCCCUUAGUCUGGAGGUGGCUACAUACAGGACUCUGCUGGAGGCUGAGAAUUCCCGGUUGCAGACACCUGGCCGAGGUUCCCAGGCUUCCCUUGGUUUUCAGGAUCCCAAGCUGAAGCUGCAUUUCCUUGGGACACCAGAGGACCAGCACCUGGGAUCUGUGCUCCCUGUCCUCAGCCCAACACCCCUCCCUUCCCCCUUGCCUGAUACCCUUGAGACACCUGUGACACCCUUUCUGAAGACCCAGGAAUUCCUUCAGGCCCAAACCCCCACCUUGGCUAGCACACCUAUCCCACCCAUGACUGAGGCUCCCUUUCCUACAAAAGCAGAAGUCAGAGCCCAGGAUGUCCCUCUUUCCCUGCUCCAGACACAGGGUGGGAGGCAUCAGGCUCCAGAGCCUCUCUGGUCCGAAGCCACAGCACCUGUUUCCACCGGUGUCCUCGAACAAUUAGAGGAGGCUGGAGGCAAGCAGCCAGGCCACUUCCCCAAGGAUGCAACCACCUCAGCUCCAUCCCUCAAUCUUCAUCUCCCUGUUUUAGAGGCUAAAGAUGUAGACUCCAGUGAGUCUAGAGUAUCUACCAUAUUCCAGGAAGAUGAAGGGCAAAUCUGGGAGCUAGCAGAGAAAGAAGCUGCCAUAGAGGUAAAAGUAGAGAGCAGCUUGGCACAAGAAACACAAGAAGAUGGUCUGGACGCAGAAGAAAUCCAGGAUUCCCAGGGUCCUUUGCAAAAGGAAACCCUAGAGACUCUAGUAGAGGAGCCACUUAUGUCUCUGAAAAUCCAGAGCCAUGAGACCCCUGGAAAGGAGAAUUGCAAUUCUCUGAGGUCUGUAGACGAGAACCAGGGAAUACUAAAAAGCCCAGAAGAAGAAAAACAAACACUACUCAAGUCUUUAGAAGAAAAGGAUGUAGAGGUAGAGAAAACUCUAGAAAAGGGGGUUCCUGAAUUGUCUAAGCCUUUAGGAAAAGAAGACCCAAGAAUGGAGGGUCAAGAAUUAAUAUCUCCUGAAGGUACACUAGAGACACUUCCAUUUAUAGGAAAGGAAAAUGAAGAGGUAAUGAGGUCUUCAGAAGAGAAGAACUUAGAGUCAUUGACAGCUUUUAAAAAGGAGAGUCAGCCUCCACUGGGAUGUCCAGAAGAAGAGGUCCAGAGGGUUGAGAGGCUGAUAGAAAAGGAGGGUCAGGAGUCUCUGAGGUCUCUGGAAGAGGAGGACCAGGAGACAUACAGACCUUUGGAGAAAGAGAAUGGGGAGCCACUAAAGUCUGUAGAAGAAGAGGUCCAGCUGGUUGAGAGACUGAUAGAAAAGGAGGGUCAGGAGUCUCUGAGGUCUCUGGAAGAGGAGGACCAGGAGACAUACAGACCUUUGGAGAAAGAGAAUGGGGAGCCACUAAAGUCUGUAGAAGAAGAGGACCAGCUGGUUGAGAGGCUGAUAGAAAAGGAGGGUCAGGAGUCUCUGAGGUCUCUGGAAGAGGAGGACCAGGAGACAUACAGACCUUUGGAGAAAGAAGAGGACCAGCUGGUUGAGAGGCUGAUAGAAAAGGAGGGUCAAGAGUCCCUGGGGUCUCUGGAAGAGGAGGACCAGGAGACAUAUAGAUCUUUGGAGAAAGAAGAGGACCAGCUGGUUGAGAGGCUGAUAGAAAAGGAGGGUCAGGAGUCCCUGAGGUUUCUGGAAGAGGAGGAACAGGAGACAUAUAGACCUUUGGAGAAAGAAGAGGACCAGGAGACAUACAGACCUUUGGAGAAAGAGAAUGGGGAGCCACUAAAGUCUGUAGAAGAAGAGGUCCAGCUGGUUGAGAGGCUGAUAGAAAAGGAGGGUCAAGAGUCCCUGGGGUCUCUGGAAGAGGAGGACCAGGAGACAUAUAGACCUUUGGAGAAAGAGGACCAGAAGGUUGAGAGGCUGAUAGAAAAGGAGGGUCAAGAGUCCCUGGGGUCUCUGGAAGAGGAGGACCAGGAGACAUAUAGACCUUUGGAGAAAGAGGACCAGAAGACAUAUAGACCUUUGGAGAAAGAAGAUGACCAGAAGUUUGAGAGGCUGAUAGAAAAAGGGGACCAGGAGUCCCUGACCUGUCUGGAAGAGGAGGACCAGAGGAUUGUGAAACUUCUAGAAAGAGAGAAUCAGGAAUCUCUGAGGUCUCUUGAUGAAAACCAGGACACAAUUAUGCCACUAGAAAGCAAGACCCAGAAGCCACUGAAAUCUCUAGAAGUAGAAGAGGAGCAGAGAAUUGUGAAACCUCUAGAAAAAGUGAGUCAGGGCUCCAUCGGGUCUCUAGAAAAAGAGAAUGUGGAGCUACUGGGGUCUCUAGAAGACAAUGACCAGAUGACUGAGAGCCUGUUAAAAAAAGGGACUCAGGAGUCCCUGGGGUCUCAUGAAGAUACAAACCAGGAGACCCAAGAUCCACAGAGGUUUCUAGAAGAGGAGGGCCAAGGGAUUGUGAAACAGCUAGAAAAAGAAAACCAGAGCUUCCUGGGGUCUCUAGAAGAAGAGCAGGUGGUCAAGAGAUCUCUAGAAAGAGAGAACCAUGAACCUCUGAGUUCUGUAGAGAAGAAGGACCAGAUGACCAAGAGCCUGCUAGAAAAAGAGAGUCAGGACUCAGGGAAGUCUCUUGAGGAGGACCAGGAGGCCUUUAGAUCUCUGGGAAAAGAGGAUCCAGAGUCCCUGCAAUCUCUGGAAGAGCAGGACCAAGAGAUACAGAGAUAUCUUCAACAAGAGACUCAACAGAUACUGGGGACUCUUGGGAGUGCGCAGAUGGCAUCAAAACUACCAGAAAACGUGGGUCCAGAGUUACUGAAGUCUCUUGGGAAUGACCAGGAAAUAGUUAGGUCUCUUGAAGAACAGAACCAAGAGUCACUGGUGUCACUGAAAGAAACAAGUGUGGAGACAGUGAAGUCUUCAGAAAUAGAGAACACAGAACCGCUAAAGAAUGCAGAAGAGGACCUGGAAAUAAUCAACUCUAUAGAAGCUCAAGAGUCAUUGUGGUCUACAGAAGUGACUAGAGAGACAACGAAACCCCUAGAAAAAGAAAUUCAAGAAUCACUGGGAUUUGUGGAUGGGAACCAAGAGAUGCUGAGACCCCUUGACAGGGAGAAUCAAGAAUUAAGAUCUCUGGGCAAGUGGCACCUAGAGACUGUGGACUCCUCAGAAGGGAUGGAGGAGGGCAGGCAACGCCUGGAAGUGGAAGCGGUCCUAGAGACAGAAGAACACCAGGAAUUACUGGGGUCUCUGGAAGAGGGAGAGCAGGGGCUGCCUGGGUGUGUAAAUCAACAAGGGUGGGAGGAUAUGGCAGUGGAGCAUGCAGCAGCCGAUCAGGGCCCAACCCUAGGGAGGGCAGGAGUAGAAAGUGAGGAUGAGGCAGAGCUGCCCCUGAGUGGGCAAGGUGAGAAGAAAGAAGGUGCUGAGGAGAGGGAGCGGCAACUAGAUGCCAUGGGGGAGGCCUGGAGCCUGGAGAUCUCUGAGCCCCAGGAGCAAAGGGUCCCUAGCGAGGAAGGGAGUCCUGGGGCCCUCCAAGACCUGGAGGGUCAACCAGAGCAGGUGGGGGCCCUAGAGGUCCCAGUUGGUGAGGGAAUACCAGAGGUGACAGAGCCCCUGUUGCAAGAUGAGGAUAUAGCCCAAACAGGUGAACAAGACUCCAUAGAGGUUACUCUGGGCUCAGAGAAUGCUACCAGAGCUGAGCUGGUACUGGAGCAGGAAGUGGUAGGGUUAGGAGGGCCAACGCAUCUGGCCAGGGAGGAGGCCAACCACCCAUCCCUGGGGGAGGAAAGUGUGGAGGCAAAGAUAGCUCAGGACUUGGAAGGGUCUGGAAAAGAACCAACGGAGGCAGGUGCUCUGGAGUCAGAGAGCUCUGAAUUGCCCAGAGCUAGCAGUGACACUCUGGAAUCCAAGGGCUGCAGGGAGUCAGAGCCUGUGGUGGGAUGGGCAGUAGAGGAAGCCUCAGUGGAGACCUCAGACCAUGAGGGCAGUGGCAGCCCUCAGCCCAGGCCCUCAGAGACAGAGGGAGAUGAGGGUACACAGGCAGCACUGGCACCCCCUGAUCCCAAGCUCGUGGAACCCUGUUCACCCACCCCUAUCCUGGAAGAUGCCUGUGAGCAGCAGCCCCAGGCUGAUGGGAUUCAGGAAGCUGGGUGGCAGCUAGAAGGUGGGUCUGAAGCACUGGAAAGGGUAGAAGAUGAGCAAGAGUUUGGUCUUGGGGAGAUCCCCGAGGGCCUCCAGGACUGGGAGGAGAGCAGAGAGGAAAGUGAGGCUGAUGAGUUAGGGGAAACUCUCCCUGACUCUACUCCCCUGGGCCUCUACCUGAGGUCCCCUACCUCCCCAAAGUGGGACCUGGCUGGAGAGCAGAGGCUCUCCCCUCAAGGGGAGGCCCGGAAGGAAGGCUGGGGUCCUGCUGUCCUCAGCAACCCAUCAGGGGAGGAGGAGCAAGGCCAUGACUCUGACCUAUCAUCUGAGGAGUUUGAGGACCUGGGGACCGAGGUCUCUCUUCUUCCAGGGCUUCCCAAGGAGGUGCCCCCAGUACCAGAGCCUGAAUGCUGGGAUCAGGGUGGGGAGUCUGAUGGGUUCGCUGAUGAGGAAGAGAGUGGGGAGGAGGGUGAGGAAGGAACUGAGUCAGGGGCUCAAUGGUGGGGGCCGGGAUCCUCUGGUGGAGGCUUCAAGGUCCAGCAUAUCACCCAAAGAGGGGACCUCCUGGAACAUGAAUCUGUGGGUGUCAGUGGUCCCUGGGAUGAUGACUUGAGAGGUGCUACAGCCAAUAUCUCUGUGACUGGCCUGGAAACCGAGUCUCAGGACAGUGCUGAGCCUUCUGGGUCAGAGGGGUCUGAGUCUGUUUCCUCAGAGGGGGAGGAUCAAGUCCCUGACCAUUUGGGUGCUCCCCAAGGGGUGACUAACAUGGUCCCAGUGGGAGGAGACACCUUUGGUAUCAGCGGCCAGGGCCCCAGGUUGGAGUCAGAGCACAUGAACGGGAGGAUGGAGAAUGGAUUAGAGCAGUCUGAGGGGCAGGGAGUCCUGGAUGGGCACCAGGAUCAAGAAUACCCUUCACAGGAACAGGAAGUGGGUGCCUUAAAGGCCCCUUUGGUAGGGUCUGCUGUGCACCAAGGCCCAAGCCAGUCCCUGGAGUUCCCUUUGAGUGGAGUAGAUGGAGAUUCCUGGUCCUCAGGGGAAGACUAG